UUAGUUUUAGGGGCUGCUUUUCUCUCUGCUCUGCUCAGAUCCAUUCCAACGAAGAGAAAGAAAAAGAAACACUGAAAAAGGAAGAAGGCGUCGACUCGACCCAACCAGUGGAAUCGACAUCUUCUUCUCUACUCGUCACAGAGGACGUACCCGUAUCCCAGUUUUUGACGUAUCGGCUUAUCGUAUUGCAUCCGUACCGGUACCGGUGCAACAUAGAUAAACAUACAAAUUUAUGUUUGUAUACAGAAGAAACAACAAAGUCAAAAUAUUUUUCAUAACGUUUUGAAGUUGUUCUCAAAAGCAAAUCUGGUGCCAAACAAAAGAAGAUGCAAUGGGAGUCUCCCGUGGACCAAGGCUUUCUGGGAUGCAGAAACAAGUCCUUAGUCUAUACAGAGGGUUUCUGAGGGCAGCCCGUGCAAAAUCUGCUGAAGAUCGACAGCAGAUUGAGUCACUUGUGUCAAGUGAGUUCCGCCGCAAUGCCAAGGAGGUAGACCGCAAAAAUUUCCUUUACAUUGAGUACUUGCUUCGCCGCGCUAAGAAACAGCUUGAUCAGCUCAGGAGCCCCGAUAUUGUUGGAUUAUCAGCCCUGAAUGUCAGUUUCUCGCAGACAAAACAUCCUACAAAUUGAAAAGAUACAGUAGAAGAGCAAAUAUGGCCUCAGCUGCAACCGAUCUCUUGAUUGGCAAAGUUGUAGGCAUUCUUGAGAGCGAAGCAUCCUCCAUAGUAGGUGUUCGUGAUCAAGUUGAUGAGAUUAAGCAAGAGCUUAUAAGCAUGAAAUCCUUCCUAAAGGAUGCUGAGGGGAAGAAACCGCAGACAGAAGGAGAGGAGACAUGGGUAGCUAGCGUGAGAGAUUUGG